GAGUAGACGAGCGAUAAAUCAUUCUCGUGACAAACGUAACACUGUUCUGCUCGAUAAACGGGACCGUUCACCCAUGAUAAUUACUCCUUUACCGAAAUUCUACUUUCCGACUAGAUUCGCGGAAGUAAGAGAACCACGUACAGUGUAUCGUCAAACACUCGAACGAAUAACACGCGGCGACAAAUGGUUCGAGGCGGGUCAGAAUAUACGAAUUGAAAUAUUGCACACGGAUGCAACCGGUUUUUCCUAUCUCUCUGAUAGCAAACGGUACGGCGACGAAUCAUGUGUCGCUGCUCAGAUGUUGAGCGCCGAAUAUUUACGAAGGCAGUCGACACGAAAGGUAUUGAGAAAACAAGCAAAUAUAACUUAAUUACGGGAACAGAUUUAUCGCAGUGAAGAAACGGCGAGACCGUCAGAAGCAUUCCCGGUUCGUUAAGCUCGCCGCCAGAGAUGAGACUGAAAGUGAUAGAGGACUUCCUACUUGUGUGGCCACAGUGGGCCGCCUGUUUAGCAGUGUCCCUGUUAUCUGUCAGUUUUGGACUGAUGAUUGGUUGGACGUCUCCUUAUCUUGCCCAGUUGACCAGAGAGGAUUCGGAAUUAUACAUAACAGAGGAUGAAGCGGCAUGGGUGGUUUCUUUGUUGCCGUUCGGACGGUUGUUCGGUGCCGUCAUUGGCUCGAUCAUCAUGGAAUAUUAUGGCAGCAAAAGAGCUCUGCUGGCGACCGGAGUGCCGGUGAUGGUUGGCUGGAUUUGCGUGAUAUUCGCUAAUUCAGCCUAUUGGCUUUACACGUCUCGAAUUUGCUCAGGCAUAGCCCUGGGAAUGUUUUUCAGUUGUUUCGCUAUCUACAUCGGCGAAAUAGCGACGGCGAAAAUACGCGGCGCUUUGGUCAGCAUGAUAAUAAACGGGAUGCCGGUCGGGACGUUGCUCGGGAAUAUAAUGGGCAGUCAAACGUCGAUGAUGUGUUUCGGGAUAAUUAGCCUAACUCUGAACAUUUGCUACGUGACGAUCUUCCCGUUUCUACCUCAAUCCCCUCAUUAUCACGUGCGGCUGAAUAACGAGAACGAGGCGAAGAAAUCGAUCCAGUGGUACAACAGAAAGUCAGACGUGAAAGCGGAAUUGGAGCUGAUCGAGGACUUUGUUAAAUCCACUGAAUCGAGGAGCUUCCGCGACAAGAUCAAGCAAAUUCUCGAGAGGAAGAACAGACGUGUGUUUACCAUGAUCCUUCUACUGUUCGUCUUCAUGCAACUCAGUGGACUAAAUACAGUCACGUUCUACAUGGAGAUUAUCGUUAGAUCGGCCCAAGUGAAGACAAUAGAACCGUCUACGGUGGUGAUCAUCUCCAGUGGAUUUGGCAUAGCUGUCGGCUGGAUCAGCGUGUAUCUGAUCGAUCUGUGCGGUCGAAAAGUUCUCAUGGUGGUGUCGUGCAGCUGCGUAGUCAUGUCGAUGGUUAUUCUUGGAUUACACUUUAUGCUCUUGGACCUGGAUUUCGAUCCGGAGAGUCUCGAAUGGUUGCCGAUUCUUGGAAUGAUACUUUUCAUGCUGAUGUCCAUCGGUUUGGUACCGGUUCCAGGAUUCAGCGUGAGUGUCACGUCUGCGAUAUUCGCGUUCAUCAGCAGCAGAACCUUCCAGCCGUUGAUCAAUCUCAUGACAGAGAAGUACGUUUUCUGGAUAUACGGGAUUAUGAUGAUGGUCUGUCUCGUGUACGCGGCGGUAGCGAUACCGGAAACUAAGGGAAAGACCUUGCAGGAAAUACAAGAGAUGCUGGCUAGAGAGAGUCGACAAGUGGAAAGAAGUUCCGAGUUAACGAGGAUGGAACGAUAGCGGAUCGCUGUGAGAAUAGAGUAGAAUGUUAAAGAAUCGACGAUCUCGAGAAUUAUGAAAAUGGAAGGCAACGUUAUUAUAAACGAACACGUUCAUCGUAUAACUGUAUAUAAUAGGAAAUGAACGAAAUGGAAGUAUGAUUUCACGUAUGACGGAAACGUAGGCGAGAGCGUGGUAAUUUUGGGUACAUAAGCAAGAAAUGCUAUGAAAUUUGAACAAGUUACAUAUUUGCCAAUUUUUCGAUAUUCGUUGAUAGCUUGAAGUGUCUAGUUUGUAUUGGUAUGGCCGAGAAGACGUAAAUUUACGUUGUAAUAAAAUUAGAAACGAAAAAAGGUCAUUUGGUCAAUGAUUUUUCUUUAUAAAAGAGGU